UGCGUCAUCUGUAUGGAAGAUACCUCACCAUCAAAAGGGGCAGAUCUCAAAUGCGGUCAUCGAAUGUGCAAUGCGUGCAUGAAACGUAAUUUUGAAAUGUCGAUUCGUGAUCCACAGCACAUGCCUCCGCGCUGCUGCACAAAGGCUCACAUUCCUCUCAAGCAUGUUGAUAAGUUGUUCGAUGAUGCUUUCAAGAGGGCAUGGAACCGCAAGUUCGCCGAGUAUUCGACAGGCAACCGAGUCUACUGUCCCUCAAAACGAUGCGGCGAAUGGAUCAAACCCACCAGCUUUUACCGAGGCGAAGAUGGUAGAAGGGUCGCUCGAUGUGGUCGCUGCAAUACCAAAGUUUGUCCAAAAUGCAGUUCGAAGUGGCAUAGUUCCCUUGAGUGCCCUCGUGACGAAGAGACGAACAAAUUCCUUGAUCAAGCCAAAGAAGAAGGCUGGAAGAGAUGCUACAAGUGCAAAUCCAUGGUGGAACUCAAAGAAGGGUGCAACCAUAUGACCUGUCGAUGCGGAGCCGAAUUCUGUAUGCUAUGCGGCACCAAAUGGAAGGGAUGUAGCUGC